UUCCCAUAACGUGAUGUUCAAAUGUCAACAUGUGUUCGAUUUUAAUUUGAAUAUUGGAACGUCGAAAAUUUAGUGCAAAACGUGAAUUUGAUAUUAGAAUUUCUUUCAAAUUAGUUAAACUAGUAAAAACUAAGUGCACAAAAUGCUACGAAGAGAAGCUCGUUUAAGACGUGAAUAUUUGUAUAAAAAACAAAAAGAAGUAUAUCGAAAUAAAACACGUCUAAAACAGGAUAAAAUAAACAAAAAUUUACAAAAUGAUACGUAUAUCCAUGGAAGUUUGCAGAGUACCGCGUUAAAGUUGCAAGAAAGAACCAAAUAUGAUACAGAUCAAAACGUGACUGAAACUAUUGAUGAUGAGUACCGAUAUGCAGGUAGUAAAAAUCCGAAAAUUAUGAUAACUACUUCCCACAAUCCAUCAGCAAGAUUAAAAGUAUUUGCAAAAGAACUACGGCUAAUAUUUCCUAAUGCACAAAGAUUAAAUCGCGGAAAGUACGAAUUAAGACAGCUUGUACAUGCAUGCCAAGCAAAUGACGUUACAGAUUUUAUUGUUAUUCACGAGCAUCGAGGUGUCCCUGAUAAUUUAGUGGUGUGUCAUCUACCAUUUGGACCAACAGCUUUUUUCAAUAUAUCUUCUGUUGUGAUGCGUCAUGAUAUUCCUAAUAUUGGUAAAAUGAGUGAACAAUACCCUCAUUUGGUAUUUCAUAACUUCAAAACCACACUUGGAGAGCGCGCAGCCCAAAUUUUAAAACAUCUCUUUCCUGUUGCAAAAAGUAAUUCACAAAGAGUUGUGACGUUUGCUAAUCAUGAUGAUUAUAUAUCAUUUCGGCAUCAUACUUUUCAGUACAUAAACAAAGAACUGGAGUUAAAAGAAGUGGGUCCUCGUUUUCAACUCAAACUGUAUCAAAUUAAAUUGGGAACAUUAGAUAAGCUUAAUGGUGCAAAUACUGAAUGGAUUCUCCGCCCAUAUAUGAAUACUGCUUCUAAACAGCGUUUCUUGUCUAAUGAUGAUGGUUGGGAUCAAAAUGAAGAGGAAUAAAUUAAUGUAUUUAAUAAAAAAUUUAUUUUAAUAAAGUGCAAAUAAAUAUA